AUGUCGGAUGAUCACGAGCGGGAGACGGCACGGUUGUAUCGCGUAUCGCGGACGAUCCACGAGCUCGUUCGCGACCGGGUGAGCUGUCCGAUCCUGUUUAUAGUGUUAGCUUACGUGCCUCAUGCUAAUCGUUGUUCUGUGCAACGUGACUAGGGCUUUGAGAUUGGUGACGAGGAAAUCACCAUGUCGUUGGGCCAGUUCAAGGGGCAAUACGGCACUGCUGUCGAGUCAGUGAUCCGCUCUACCCCCGCUCCUUAGCUCAGUGAUCAGCAGUAGCAUGCGUCUGACCUCGAUACUGGGCUAUCAUCUGAUGACAAACACUGCAGCAAAGCAAAGCUCAACUUUACCGCCGCGCUGGCUUCGGAUCCGUCGAUCAAGAUCUACGUCUUUUACGCCGACGAGCCGAGCGUAGGGAUAAAGACCAUGCGAAAGUCAGUUGUUGCAGAGAAGGUGGGAUAUGUUAUGUUGAUGCAAGCUCGAGAAUCCAGGCUGAUUGCUUCAUGGCUGGGGGCGUUGACAGGUUCAUCGGCAUUCUGGAGGAGCAGGCGAUCGGGAAGGGCAUCAUCAUUUACAAGACCAACAUGACCCCUUCCGCCAACAAGGUGCGAAAUCAGAGACGAUACCGAGAAUGCAUUUGAAAGCGAGUCUGAUGGUUCUUGUGUGACUUCGCUACUUGCAGGUCAUCUCGGCGAUGGUAUCGCAGUUCACGAUCGAGGCAUUCCAGGAAUCCGAACUGCUCGUCAACAUCACCCACCACACCCUCGUGCCUAAACACGAGGUGCUAUCGACCGAAGAGAAGAAGGAGUUGUUGUUGAAGUAGUCAGUCCAUUCACGAAACUUCGGGUCGUGGCCCUGUUAUUCCGACCGACUGAUCAUCGCUCCGCGCCGAUUUUUUCAACGACACCAGCCGGUUAAAAGACACGCAACUGCCUCGCAUCCAACUCUCGGACCCGGUCAGCCGUUACUACGGUCUCCGAAGGGGUCAAGUCGUCAAGAUCACACGACCUUCCGAGACCGCGGGGAGGUACGUCAGUUAUCGGUUGUGCCUGUAA